GGAGUCAUGCUUGGCGGUCUGUAAUGUCAGCAGAACAGGAGAAGGAUCCUAUUUCGCUGAAGAGAGUUCGAGGUGGUGAUAGUGGACUGGAUGGGUUAGGAGGACCAGGUGUGCAACUAGGAAGCCCAGAUAAGAAAAAACGAAAGGCAAAUACACAGGGACCUUCUUUUCCUCCAUUAUCUGAGUAUGCUCCACCACCGAAUCCAAACUCUGACCAUCUAGUGGCUGCUAAUCCAUUUGAUGACAACUAUAAUACUAUUUCCUAUAAACCACUACCUUCAUCAAAUCCAUAUCUUGGCCCUGGUUAUCCUGGCUUUGGAGGCUAUAGCACAUUCAGAAUGCCACCUCACGUUCCCCCAAGAAUGUCUUCCCCUUAUUGUGGACCUUAUUCGCUCAGGAAUCAGCCACACCCAUUUCCUCAGAAUCCUUUGGGCAUGGGUUUUAAUCGACCUCAUGCUUUUAACUUUGGGCCACAUGAUAAUUCAAGUUUUGGAAAUCCAUCUUAUAAUAAUGUACUAAAUCAGAAUAUUAACAUGCCUAAUCAACAUUUUAGACAAAAUCCUGCUGAAAACUUUAAUCAGAUUCCUCCACAGAAUACUAGCCAAGUAUCUAACCCUGAUUUGGCAUCUAAUUUUGUCCCUGGAAAUAAUUCAAGUUUUWCUUCUCCAUUAGAAUCUAAUCAUUCUUUUAUUCCACCUCCAAACACUUUUGGUCAAGCAAAAGCACCACCUCCGAAACAAGACUUUAGUCAAGGAGCAACUAAAAACACUAAUCAAAAUUCAUCUGCUCAUCCACCUCACUUAAAUAUGGAGGAUACAGUGAAUCAGAGCAAUAUUGAAUUAAAAAAUGUUAAUCGAAACAAUGCAGUAAAUCAGGAGAACAGUCGUUCAAGUAGCACUGAAGCUACAAACAACAGCCAUGCAAAUGGGACACAGAACAAGCCACGACAACCUAGAGGUGCAACAGAUGCCUGCACCACUGAAAAAAGCAAUAAAUCAUCUCUCCACCCAACCCGUCACGGCCAUUCGUCUUCUGACCCAGUGUAUCCUUGUGGAAUUUGUACAAAUGAAGUGAAUGAUGAUCAGGAUGCCAUCUUAUGUGAGGCCUCUUGUCAGAAAUGGUUUCACCGGAUCUGUACAGGAAUGACUGAAACAGCUUAUGGCCUACUAACAGCAGAAGCAUCAGCAGUAUGGGGCUGUGAUACCUGUAUGGCUGAUAAAGAUGUCCAAUUAAUGCGCACUAGAGAAACUUUUGGUCCACCUGCAGUGGGCAGUGAUGCUUAAUCACAAGCAUUAACUAAAGUGGGGUUUUCCCUCUGUAUUACAGAGGUUUGGUGACACAGGACUUUAAUGUUUUACGUUAUUUUUUUAAAUACACACAGAAAACAUUUACCUUUUAGUUUUUAUUAAUAUUUCACUUCAUUACUAGUACAACUUUGUAUUGUCUUUGUUUGCUCUCUUAAAUGAGGAUAAUGUAUGUGGGGUACUUUAGAAACAAAUAAAUGUUAGUAGUUAUUUAUCAUAAACAUAAAAGCCUCUUGAAGCUUCAAAAUAAUAUAACAAAUCUAGGCAAGUUUUAACUUUUAAAAUGUGUAUUUCAGUGGUGAAUUUUGGCUGUAUCACAUUAAACAUUUAAUUAAGUUUCUGAAGGAUCCAUUUAAAUAUUUCCAAACAUAAUAUGUGGAGGUAUAACAUGGGGGAAAGCAUACAUUUUAAUGGAUUUAUUUUAAAUAAGAAGAGUAUGACACUAGAUUCCUCCUCUACUAGGGUCUUUGAAAUAAGUGAAUUUCAUACUUUAAAAUUAGUCUUUUCAGGAUAUGUAUACAGAUAUGAGACAGAGACAGAUUUUAGCAUAUAGAUUCUCAGCGUUUAUUAACUUGUGGAUUGUAUCACAUGAAAUUGCUAAUAUUAGAUCAGUUGAAAAUUGACUGCACUUAGUAAAGUUGUCAUAAAGUAUGUUUCCAGUAUUACUAUUUAGAAUUAUGAUAGUAUUUUGGUCUUAAUUUUCUUUGGUUAUUGAGUUGUUUUGUUAUUGUUGUCCAGAGAAAUAAAUAAUAUGGUGUCCUCUGAAGAAUUGUGAACACUUUCUUUKUUAUGAUUUUAAACUUGGACAUAUUGCAAAUGAAGAAGGUAGAAACACCGGUUUGGCUUUAGAGGACUCUGCUGGCAAAAGAACUAACUACUUAGUUUGAAAAUUCUUGUGCUGGGGAUCUGAAUUUCCAAUAUGUACCUCAGGGAAGAUCAAAAUCCAUUUAAAUAAAGACCAAUUAAGAGCUUAGGUGAAAGCUAACUUACAAACAAUCAGUAAUUUGAGGCCUUGCUGAAGGCUAAGGAGUUUUUGCUGUGACUGGGUAAUGUGUAAAAAUGGAACCGAGAGUACACUCUAGAGAGAGAAAGAACAGUUACAGUUGAAGGUAUGCUCACUCAGACUCAAAUAGAAAACAAAACAAAACAUGUUGAGAGCAGUCCAUAACUGUUGACCAAAUAAAUAAAAAGAUACAGUAUGACAAUUGAUAGUAAUUUAUACAAUGAUUGAAUGUUGAUGAAACUCUAAUAAUUCACCACCAUUAUCAUUGCAACCAAAAAAAGUUUGGAAGACAAUGGUGAUCCUUGAAGGAGAUAAUUACUACAAUUUGAACCUGGGGAAGCAAUGACAGCAGCAGCAUGUUGCCAAGAAAUCUGAAUUAUGUAUGAAAAUUUUGAUUUAACAACAUCCUUUGGUUAACAAACAUAAACCCUCAUUUCUACAUGACAGGACUUUAUAUGUCGCAAGUCACUAACACAAAGUUAAUUGACUUGGGUGGUGAAAUUUUGUCAUUAUCUAUCAUAGUUCCUGGACCUUCAAUGGAUUACCAUCUUUUUCAUCAUUUGGAGCUUUUUCUAAGAAACAACAUGUUCCCCAACUGAGAAUCAGUAACUAGAGUAUUUGAAUAAUAUAUACAUCCUAAGAAAAUGAUGAAUUCUAUAAAAAUGGAGAAAACUAAUGCUAAUGUUUCUGAUACAUAUCUUAAUGGAAUAAAACUUAACUUUUAAAAAUAGUGUUUUAAUUUUGACCCACAAAACAGCAAUUUCAUAUGGUACAAGUAAUAGUUUUCUCCUUCUACCCUCAACUAGUUAGAGGUGAGUACAAAAUAUUUUCAGAGUUGUAUAUCUUCACAAUUUUAGGAAAUGAAAUGAGAUAAACUCUAAUACUAGGUGUUCUUUUGUGUGAAAACUUUACCAAUUGAAGCAGGUCAAAAUGCAUUGUUUUGGGCUGACUUUGGCAUUUUGAUGAUGCUUAGUACAUACCUGAAGAUUCCAUUUUGCUUACUUUGUAGUUUUGUUAAAGAGAGAUAAUUUUCUAAACAUUGAAGGACCUAGUUUUGUUUUUCCUGAAAUUUUCUUGAGUAAUGAUUUUUAAGAAAUAAUAGAGUACAUGCUAUAUCACCACUUCUAGCAUCAGAUCAUGACUUUUUUUGACUGAGUUAAACUAGAUAUAUAUUUUUAAUGGAAACUUCCAAUGCCCUCAGGAUUUAACACUUGAUGUGGCAGUGUGUACUUGAGUUGUGCUCAUUGCUAAAUUUUUUUUUUAAUUUUUUAAUAUUUAUUUUCUAGUUUUCGGCGGACACAACAUCUUUGUUUG